GGGAAAGGGGAGGUGCCAGGCGGCGGGCAAGCGGCCGGGCGAGAGCGCGAGGGUGGAGAUCCGUCAGCUGGGUGCGGCGUGAGGGGGCAGCUGGGCCGGUCCGGCCUGUGGAGAUCCGUCCGCCGACAUGCCUGGGAUAGACAAGCUGCCCAUCGAGGAGACGCUAGAGGACAGCCCCCAGACACGUUCCUUGCUGGGUGUGUUUGAAGAAGAUGCUGCAGCCAUUUCCAGAUACAUUAGCCAGCUGUAUCAAGCCAUGCACCGAAUUUAUGAUGCACAGAAUGAAUUAAGUGCAGCAACACAUUUGACUUCAAAGCUUCUAAAGGAAUAUGAGAAACAGCGCUUCCCCUUGGGGGGUGAUGAUGAAGUUAUGAAUUCUACCCUGCAGCAGUUUGCAAAAGUGAUAGAUGAGCUCAGUUCUUGUCAUGCAGUACUAUCAACUCAAUUAGCUGAUGCCAUGAUGUUUCCCAUUACCCAGUUCAAGGAAAGAGAUCUAAAAGAGAUUCUGACUUUAAAAGAAGUUUUCCAGAUCUCAAGCAAUGAUCAUGAUACUGCCAUCACCAGAUAUAGUCGACUGUCAAAAAAAAGAGAAAAUGAGAAGGUCAAAUAUGAGGUUACAGAAGAUGUAUAUACUUCCCGGAAGAAACAACAUCAGACCAUGAUGCAUUAUUUCUGUGCAUUAAAUACUCUGCAGUAUAAGAAGAAAAUUGCUAUGUUGGAACCCUUGUUAGGAUACAUGCAAGCUCAGAUAAGCUUCUUUAAGAUGGGCUCAGAAAAUCUUUCUGAACAGCUGGAAGAAUUUUUAACAAAUAUUGGGACAAGUGUUCAGGAUGUUCGUAGGGAAAUGGAUCAUGAAGUAGAGACUAUGCAGCAGACUAUAGGAGACUUAGAGGCAGCCAGUGACCCAUUGUACCUGCCAGAUCCUGAUCCUACAAAAUUUCCCGUCCAGCGGCACCUUACUCGGAAAGCUGGUUAUCUUAAUGCAAGAAACAAAACGGGGCUGGUGUCUUCCAGCUGGGACAGACAAUUUUACUUCACUCAGGGUGGAAACCUAAUGAGUCAGGCAAGAGGUGAUGUAGCUGGAGGACUUGUUAUGGAUAUAGACAACUGUUCAGUAAUGGCUGUGGAUUGUGAAGACAGAAGAUACUGCUUUCAGAUAACCUCUUUUGAUGGCAAAAAGUCUUCAAUUCUUCAGGCAGAGAGCAGAAAAGAUUAUGAAGAGUGGAUAUGUACAAUAAACAACAUCUCCAAACAGAUCUAUCUAAGUGAAAACCCAGAGGAAAUUGCUGCACGUGUAAAUCAGUCGGCUUUAGAAGCUGUUACCCCCUCUCCUUCCUUCCAGCAGAGACAUGAGAGCAUGAGACCAGCUGUACAGGCUCGUCCUCCCACGACUCGUACUAGCAGCACUGGGUCUUUGGGAUCUGAUUCAGCAUCUCUAUCAGCUCUUUCCUUGGACUCUCUUGUUGCUCCUGACACUCCUAUACAAUUUGACAUUAUUUCUCCAGUAAGUGAAGAUCAACCUGGCCAAGCAAAAUCCUCAGGGCAGGCAGGCAGACGAACAAAUCCAUUUGGAGAAUCUGGAGGAACCAAAUCAGAAACAGAAGAUUCUAUCCUACAUCAGUUAUUUAUUGUAAGAUUCCUUGGAUCCAUGGAGGUGAAGUCGGAUGAAAGUCCUGAUGUUGUUUAUGAAACAAUGCGCCAAAUACUAGCAGCUCGAGCUAUACACAACAUUUUCAGAAUGACAGAAUCACAUUUGUUGGUCACAUGUGAUUGUUUAAAGUUAAUUGAUCCUCAGACGCAAGUUACAAGACUCAGGUUUCCGUUGCCAAAUGUAGUUCUGUAUGCCACACACCAGGAAAACAAACGCCUUUUUGGAUUUGUGCUUCGGACUUCAGCAGGGAGAGCAGACAGUAGACCAACUUCAGUCUGCUAUAUAUUCGAAUCAAAUAAUGAAGGGGAAAAGAUUUGUGACUCUGUGGGACUUGCAAAACAGAUUGCAUUUCAUGCUGAAUUGGAUCGCAGAACAUCAGAAAAGCAGAAAGAAAUGGAUAGAGUGAAAGAGAAACAACAAAAAGAACUCAGUAAACAGAAACAAAUAGAAAAGGAUUUGGAAGAGCAAAGCCGGCUAAUAGCUGCUUCUAGUAGAUCCAACCAGAGCACUGGGGAGGGACAAUUUGUAGUCCUUAGCAGUAGUCAGUCAGAAGACAGCGAUUUGGGAGAAGAUGGAAAGAAGAAACGAGAAUCUGAAGCAUGAAGUGACUCUGGUGUGCAAGUCUUCGGACCUGUUGUCUGACAUGGCAAGUCGAAAGUCGGAGAAACAAAGGUGGUGGGUUUGCUUUAUUAGAUGAAACUCCAUUGUGCUUUGAUUUUUCUUAAACAGCCUGCUUAAUGUGAAUAUGGACUUUCUUCCAUAUCAUAAGGUACCAUGGUGAAACUUAGAAGAAGUAUACAUGACUAUAUAUGGAUCUUUUCUUUUCUUCACUUGCCUUGCUGUGCAGAUAAUUUCAUGAGGAAAAAAUUGGUAUAAGGUAAGCAUAAGAAAUAGACAAAAGCUUUUGUCUUCACUUUCAACCUGCAUUGGAUAACCAUUUAGUGUGUUGUGGCAAAAACAGAGUCCUUUGACUCUUUUAAAGACCUAACAAAUUUAAUAUUAUGAAGUGGAGUGUAGUCUACAAAGGGCUCUGCUAUAAUAAAUUUGUUAGUCCCUAUUUUUUCAAAGUUCAUUUUGAUUCCCAAAGAUUACUGAGAACAGAAACAGAGUGCUUGCAUGUAGUUUAAACAUGUCUGAAAAUGAAUUGCCAGCAGAGAAUAGUUCAGGAAAACUGGUAAUGCUGCAAUGGUAUUUUUACUUGAGAAUGUACUUGGUGGUACUGCCCUUGGCUAUUCUGCAUUAUACUUCAGAGCACUUUGGUGUGGAGGGUGUCAGAGACAUUAAAGCACAUAUUAGAAAUUA